AGAGUUACAGUGAAAGAGGGACUUUAACUCAUCAUAUGAGAAGUCACACAGGUGAGAAGCCUUUCUCUUGUGGGUCUUGUGGAAGAAGUUUCUCCCUAAAAACUAAUUUAAAUGUUCACAUGAGAAUUCACACAGGUGAGAAGCCUUUCUCCUGUGGAUCCUGUGGAAAGAGUUUCUCUCGAAAGGACGCUCUAAAUGUUCACAUGAUAACUCACACAGAUGAUAAGCCUUUCUCUUGUGGGUCUUGUGGAAGAAGUUUCUCUCAAAAAGGUUAUUUAAAUGUUCACAUGAUAACUCACACAGAUGAGAAGCCUUUCUCUUGUGGGUCUUGUGGAAGAAGUUUCUCUCAAAAAGGUUAUUUAAAUGUUCACAUGAGAAUUCACACAGGUGAGAAGCCUUUCUCCUGUGGGUCCUGUGGAAAGAGUUACAGUGAAAGAGGGACUUUAACUCAGCACAUGAGAAUUCACACAGGUGAGAAGCCUUUCUCUUGUGGGAUUUGUGAAAAAAGGUUCACUGACAAAGGCAAUUUAAAUACUCAUAUAAAAAUUCACACUGGUGAGAAGCCUUUCUCUUGUGGGACCUGUGGAAAGAGUUACAGUGUAAGAAAGCUUUUAACUCAUCACAUGAGAAUUCACACAGGUGAGAAGCCUUUCUCUUGUGCCACCUGUGGAAAAAGUUUUACUCGAAAAGACACUUUAAAUGCUCAUAUGAAAAUUCACACAGAUGAGAAGCCUUUUUCUUGUGGGACCUGUGGAAAGAGUUUUACUCGAAAAGACACUUUAAAUGCUCAUAUGAAAAUUCACACAGAUGAGAAACCUUUCUCUUGUGGGACCUGUGGAAAGAGUUACAAUCAUAGACAGAGUUUAACUCAUCACAUGAGAAUUCACACAGGUGCGAGCCCUUUCUCCUGUGGGACCUGUGGAAAGAGUUACAGUAAAAGAAAGUAUUUAACUACUCACAUGAGAAUUCACACAGGGGAGAAGCCUUUUUCUUGCGGGACUUGUGGAAAGAGUUACAUUCAAAGACAGAGUUUAACUUAUCACAUCAGAAUUCACACCGGUGAGAGGCCUUUUUCUUGUGGGACUUGUGGAAACUGUUUCACUAAAAAAGGCAGUUUAAAUGCUCAUAUGAAAAUUCACACAGGUGAGAGGCCUUUCUCUUGUGGGACCUGUGGAAAGAGUUUCAUUGAAAGAGGCAGUUUAAAUGCUCAUAUGAGAGUUCACACAGGUGAGAAGCCUUUCUCUUGUGCGACUUGUGGAAAGAGUUGCAUUCAAAGACAGGUUUUAUCUCGUCACAUGAAAAUUCACACAGGUGAGAAGCCUUUCACAUGUGUGACCUGUGGAAAACGUUUUGCCCAAAGAACUGUUUUAACUUAUCACAUCAGAACUCACACAGGUGAGAAGCCUUUCUCUUGUGUGACUUGUGGAAAGAGCUACCCAUCCAAAUCUCAGUUAAAUUGUCAUAGGAGGAGUCACACGACUGAGAGGCGUUUCUCAUGUGGGAGCUGUGAAAAGAAAUUCUUUACUAAAAUAGUUUUAGCCACUCACAUGAGGACUCACAAAGGUGAAAAGCCUUUCUCAUGUGUGACCUGUGCAAAAAGCUACAGAGCCAAGUCUCAUUUAAAACGUCACAUGAUGAUUCACACAGGUGAGAAGCCUUUCCCAUGUGAGACGUGUAGAAAAAGUUUUCGAAGCAAAUUUGAGUUACUGAGUCACAUGAAGAUUCACACAGGUGAGAAGCCUUUCUUGUGUGAGACCUGUGGAAAAAGUUUCCCUGUAAAAGUUUGUUUAGAUCAACAUGUCAGAGGUCACACAGGUGAGAGGCCUUUCACGUGUAUUACCUGUGGAAAGAGUUACAUUGCAAGAAGCAGUUUAGUUUAUCACAUGAGGAUUCACACAGGUGAAAAGCCUUUCUCUUGUGUGACCUGUGGAAAAAGUUUUCGGUGCAAACCUCAGUUAACUAGUCAUAUGGUGGCUCACAUGAGUGAGAAACCUUUCUCAUGCACGAGUUGUGAAAAAAGUUUUUUAAAUAAAAUUAGUUUAACGUCUCACAUGAGGACUCACACAGGUGAAAACCCCUUUUCUUGUGUGAAUUGUGGAAAAAGCUAUCAAAGCAGAACUAAUUUAAAUCGUCACAUGAGAACUCAUACAGGUGAAAAACCUUUUUCUUGUCUGACUUGUGGAAAAAGCUUCCAUAGCAAAUUUAGUUUAAAUCGUCACAUGACGAUUCACAAGUGAGGAGCCUUUCUCAUAUGUGACCUGUGGAAAAAGUUUCACUCAUAAAAUGAAGCUUAACUGUUCAUAUAAGAACGGCAUAAUGUGAACUUUUCCAUGACGCUUUUUUAUUUGAAGUGAGCUAUUAAUCAAGUGUUUUAAAAAAAUGUAUGUAUUUUUAAAAGUGAUAUUUGUAGUGUCUUAAAGGAAUAAUGGAUUUGAACAUUUUUAGUUUUCCAUAAAUAUUUUUGGAGUCCUUGCGUGUUUAUCCUUUGUUGUAUUUAUACUUGUAGUUUCAUUAUUUUGGUUAGUGGUUAGCCGUUACUGUGUGAACUGGUAGAGUUUCAAAUGAAUUUUGCUUUGGGAAUAAUAUUUUCUGAAUUUUAAUUUAAAUAUGCAUUAUUAUACAUUGAACGUAGACGUAUCUCAGCAAUCUAUGACAAAGACUACACUAAAAGCAUGAAGAUACGGUAUUAUACAUUGUGGAGCAAAAGUCUAAUAAACAGAAAAAAUAACAACCAUUAAACAUGCACAACACCCACAUUUCUGUAUUACAUUUGUUUUUUGUGGGCUCCAGUGUCCCUUAUAUGAAAGUAGGCUGACAGGAAAGGGGGGAAGACAUGCGGUAAAUAUCGUCAGGUCCGGGAGUCGAACCUGCGACGGCCGCGUCGAGGACUCAAGGCCUCCAAACGUGGGUCUCGCUAUCCGUUACGCCACCACGGCACGCCCAUUACAUUUGUUUUCUUAGUGGUUUGAUGUAAUGCUGCAAUUUUAAAGGUCAUGUUUUCAUUACCUGUAAAUGGAAAAUCGUCAUAUUUAAAAGAAAUAAAGGCUCUCGCAUAUUAAUUUGUGUGGUUUUUAUGCAUAUAAUGUGUUAGAUUUAGUGAGCAAAUUUCUGGACUAAAUGGGUUUUUAAGCAAUAUUCUAAUUUAUUGAAUGAAUGUACAAAUCGCUGCGUACUGUGUGUUGGACAGUGUUGUCAGUAACACAGGAGCGCCACAAGGGACUGUCCUCUCUCCCUUCCUCUUCACGCUCAUUACAUUAAAGUUCAGCUGUUGCACUGAGAUCUGUCGUCUCCAGAAGUUCUCAGAUGACUCGGCUGCGGUCGGUUGUAUCAGUGAGGGUGAUGAGACUGUUCAAUCUCUGUUCCUCUAAAACACAUGUAGUCAUUCACUGUUUAACUUUAAAACUUAACGAUAUCCUACAAAACUACAACUUGAUAUAAUAAUAUUCUAAAGGUAAAAAGUAGUUUUAUUUAUAUAGGACAUUUUCAGCAACAAGGCAAUACAAAGUGCUUUACAGGAAUUAAAAGGAAAUGCAAACAAAAUAACAAACCAAAGGAAAGAGCAAAAGAAAAAAAAUCUAAUGUUGAUCUAAAGUAUGUAAGCUAUGUGCUCCUGUUCAGGGUUACUUACUUUUUAUAAGUAAUAAAAAAAUUUAAUGUUUCUGUUCUGGAAGAUUUUAUUCUGGAUUCUAAGUUUGCUCUAAUUCCUUUUCUGGGUUGCAGUAACAGGAGUCUCUCUGCAUAAUAAUCUAAAAAUGAAUCUAAGAUGUUUAAUAUUAAUUUAAAAAAUUGUUUUACAAACUAAAUAGAUCAUACUCAAAGAAAUUUGAGUAAAUACAUACCAAUAUGGUUCUUCUGUAAGAUAAAAAGUAUCUUUUUAUAACAGGUAAUCCUCGUAAUUAACAGAAGUAAAAGGCUUUAGACGUCAGUUUGUGUACAAUUACUCUGUAUACUUUAUUUCACUCACUGAAAUAAAUGAACCUUUCAAUAAUAUUCUAUUCUACUUAAUUUGCAUGUUAAUAGAUCUGGUUCACUGUUGACAUUUUCCACCUGAAACAGAUGAGAACUGAUGUCAGAACAGUUUUUUAUUAGGUUAUCAGCUGAAUGUCUACUGGGCUGGAUUUCCUCUGUGAAUAAGAAGAGAUCUCACCAGCUCGAAAAUAAAUUGUUUUGUGUCAAAAUUGUUUUUUUGUUUUUUUUAAUUGAUGUAAUUUCAUAUUUUAUAAAUGUCCUGAUUUCAUUUGUUCUGAAUAUAAA